AUGCUGUUCGCGCUGUGCCGGCUGCUGUGCGUCCUCCUCUGCGGUGACGCGGUGCUAAGUCAUCUGCUGUGGGACAAGAUAAAGAGCCACUCGGACUCCGCCGCCGCCGCUGCCGCCGCCUCCGCCCCCCGCAGCUGGCGCGCCGCGGAGCCGCACACCGGCGGAGAGGCGCCAGGAGCCGCCGCCGCCGGAGCCGCCGCCGCCGGAGCCGUCCGGCUCGCCGACGUCCCGGUCAACACGUCCAGUGACGCAAUUCAAGCGGACACGCGCGUCAGGCUGACGACGGAUGAAGAAGACGGGGAGCGCGCGGCUGAAGCUGAACUUCAUUCCAUGGAAACGCAAGUUAUUUCCAUGGAAACGCAAGUUGGAGGAAAUCGUGACCGGAAGCUGUGUGCUCCAGAUCGUCAUGAACGCACCUCCAACCGCCAGAGGCGGAAUGCCAAGCAUGGAGAGACACUUCCGGAUUUCUAUUUUUUGAAAGGAGCAAAACUUAAAGAAGAGAAAGUUGAAGGAGGGAAAGUUGAAGGAGGGAACGUUGAAGGAGGGAAAGUUGAAGGAUGGAAAGUUAAAGGAGGGAAAGCUGAAGGAGGGAAAGUUGAAGGAGGGAAAGUUGAGGUGACGGUAAAACGGCGCCCCCAGCCGCCCAGCGCGUCUUCUGAAGCGGCGCAGCUCCCUGCGGCCAUGGCUCGGGAACAGGUGACGGAACUUCCGUUCAAUGAAAGCGGGGAACUUUAUGAAGAGUUCACCUUGCCGGACCUGUACGACAGCACACCGGUCAACACGCGGACGAGACGGAAACACGUCAGAAACCCUUUGUACCCCUUCACCGCCGAGUCUUACGGGGCCUACGCCGUGCUGAUCAUUGCCGCCGUCAUUUUCACUGUUGGGGUCAUUGGGACCGUGGCAGUCAUGUGCAUCGUCUGUCACAACUACUACAUGAGGAGUAUCUCCAACUCCCUGCUGGCCAACCUUGCCCUGUGGGAUUUUGUGGUCAUCUUCUUCUGUUUGCCUCUGGUGACCUUCCAUCAGCUGACCAAGGACUGGCUGCUCGGGGAGUUCUCCUGUAGACUUAUCCCCUACCUAGAGGUGGCGUCUCUCGGAGUGACAACUUUCACACUCUGCGCUCUGUGUAUUGACCGUUUCCGGGCGGCCACCAACGUCCAGAUGUACUACGAGAUGAUCGAGAACUGCUGCUCUACUGCUGCCAAGCUGGCGGUCAUCUGGGUCGGUGCCCUCCUGUUGGCAUUGCCGGAGCUUCUGAUCCGACAGCUGGUCACUGAGGAUGAGAACACUCCCACUGUGACGCCGUGUGAACGCUGUGUGGUCCGGAUCUCCACCGAUCUGCCGGACACGCUAUAUGUCCUUGGUCUGACGUACAACAGUGCGCGACUCUGGUGGUACUUCGGUUGCUACUUCUGCCUCCCAACCCUGUUCACCAUCUGCAGCUCUCUGGUCACUGCUCGCAAGAUCCGCCAGGCAGAGAAAGGCCGUGUCCGUGGGAACAAGAAGCAGAUUCAGCUGGAGAGCCAGAUGAACUGCACCGUGGUGGCACUGGCAAUCCUCUAUGGCUUCUGCAUCAUCCCAGAGAACAUCUGCAACAUCAUUAGCGUCUACAUGGCGGCCAGCAUCCCUCAACACACCCUGGACAUUCUCCAUCUGGUCAGCCAGCUGCUGCUGUUCUGCAAGUCGGCGGUCACACCAGUCCUGCUGUUUUCCCUCUGCCGGCCCUUUUCUAGAGCCUUCUUAAACUGCUGCUGCUGCUGCUGUGAUGAGUGCGGUCCGCCACGCUCCUCCAUCACCGCCACUGCCAGCGACAAUGAAAAUGAGUGUACAACCACUGAGCUGGAGCUCUCCCCAUUCAGCACUAUUUGUCGGGAGACAGGGCCCUAUACGGCUGUAGGAAUGCACUGCUGAGGAGGUCAAAGGUCAGAGGGGGGA